CGUGUAGGUGCAAUGGAUGGAAUACAGUCAGAGAGUAUGGAAGCAGUGGGGAAUACAGCUGUGGACAUAGUGCAGUCCAAUAUGGCGGCGGACUCGGGUAUGGAUACGUGUCCAUCCCCAGAAAUUCAAGAUUCUAGAAAAAGACCGUUGGACGGUGAUGUUGAAAAUGGAGUUACAAAGAAAUCACAUUAUGCUGGAGGUGCUGAUGGGACAUACCAUUUCAAAAUGUUAGUACCAAGUGUUGCUGCUGGUGCUAUUAUCGGCAAAGGUGGUGACACAAUUGCGCAAUUGCAGAAGGAUGCAGGAGCUCGUGUCAAAAUGUCCAAGGCUAAUGACUUCUAUCCAGGUACUUCAGAACGUGUGUGUUUAAUUACUGGCAAUGUAGAUGCAAUUAUGGCCGUUCUCACCUUCAUUAUGGAAAAAAUCAGAGAAAAGCCGGAUCUCAAUGCAAAGCAAGCUAUUGACUUUGAUAAUAAGACAGCAGCAGAACGUGAUAAGCAGGUGAAGAUACUUGUUCCUAAUAGCACAGCUGGUAUGAUAAUAGGAAAGGCAGGGAACUAUAUAAAACAAAUAAAAGAAGAAAGUGGGUCAUAUGUUCAAAUAUCACAGAAAGCAAAGGAUCAGACUCUGCAAGAGAGGUGCAUUACAGUUAUAGGUGAUAUGGAGAGUAAUAAAACUGCUUGCCUCAUGAUUUUGGCAAAAGUUGUGGAAGAUCCUCAGAGUGGUACCUGUCUUAAUGUGAGUUACGCAGAUGUAUCGGGUCCAGUUGCCAAUUAUAAUCCUACUGGUUCACCAUAUGCAAACCACAGCAAUCAGCAGACUCCAAUGCAUACAACAUUCAAUUCCACAGGGAGUUUGAACACUCCAGUAUCAUCAGUAGGAGGCAUGCUGCUAAAUGGUGGAGGUCUAAAUCUUAGCCUGAAUCUAGGAGCUCCUUCUGGAGGAACUUCCCUAACUUCGCAGUUGUUGGAGCAUAUUAAACUGACUCUUCGUGGGAGUGGCUACAAUGAACAAGCCACCAGUGAAAUAACAGCUGCUAUGACAACUCUUGCACAGUACGGAAUCUUAGGAAUGGGUCUGGGUCUGACAGCUGGAUCGGGCAACAAUUCAUCAAGCAGCCAUGCCCUUGUCUCCGGAAGUUAUUUAGGAGUCAGCCCUAUGGAAUCUACUCCUUCUCCCCAAACAGCUAAUGGUGUUGGCAACAAUGGUGGUGUUUUUGGACCAAUUGGCACAGUGUCUGGACUAGGCAGCUCAUCUCCUACCCCUCGUAGUAGUGGUAUGGAUCGGUAUGAAGGUGGCACGCCUGGUAGCAGUUAUGAUUGUUUUCGACGACAAUCUAGCCCCAGCAAUCUAGGUUCACCCAUUACUAUGAACACUAAUUCUUUUGGUUUAGGUACAGGUCAACAGCAACCCCCUAUGUCUAUUUGCAAGAGUCCAACCCCAUCUGAAAUGAAAGGAGAGCAAAAGAAAAUCGAGCUUGAAAUUUCUGAAAAUAUUGUUGGUGCUAUUCUUGGACCAGGAGGUCGUUCUUUAGUUGAAAUUCAACAUAUGAGUUGUGCUAAUAUUCAAAUAUCCAAGAAGGGUACUUUUGCACCUGGCACUCGCAACAGGAUUGUCACAAUAGCUGGUUCUCCAAAUGCUAUUAACACAGCUCGAUAUCUCAUUGAGCAAAGAAUUAGUGAAGAAGAAGCCAAACGUGCCCGGCAGAGCUCACUAGCAAUCCUUCAAUGAGAAGUUUCUAUUUACAAUAUAUAUGCAUUUAUUAUACCUAGUUUCAUGUCCUCAUCUCAUCUGAGUAUUUUGUUUUAAGGGAUUUCAAGAUUUGUCAUUUUUGACAAAUUUCUUCCAUGCAAUCUAUAGUUUCUGUCCCUUAUUAUUGGGAAAAAGUGGCAAAAUUGGAAUCUCAUAACUGUUUCACAUGAAUAACAUGGCAGGUGGCCCUUGCAUUCCUCCUGAAGAAAUCCUCCAUUGGGCUCCGAGCCAAACUGAGAAAUACUUCAAGAAUAAUUAAUAUAUUAUGUUACUCCUCAACAUUUGUCAUGACAAGUUGAAUAUAGGUUUUAACAUCUAAUUUAUGUAUAAAUAUUUCCACUUAUAAUCUCAAUAAUCCUUACCUAUCUGUAAGCUUUUGAAAUUUCUGGUUGCACAGCUCCUUACAUGUGUGGUAUGUGCAGGCGUACUAAAGAGCUUUUUCCUAAAACUUCAUUAAAAGCUAAGAGUGUGCAAGACAUUUUGCCUUGCAUGCAUGUACUGCAUAAGCACGUGGGUCUUCAACCCCUCCCCUUUCCCAAAAUUUUGAGGGCCACUUUGACCAAGCCUUUCUUGCACAUACUGUACAUGUUAAACUAGUACACCUUAACACACUGAUUACAGAUAUUCAAUUCAUAUGGAAAUGUUUAUACAAUUUUAUUAUUUCUUAUACUACUCACAGUUUCAUAUUAAGGUGGACCUGAUCUGUGGUAAUUCAGUGUACUUUGUUAGUAGUAAAUCAAAAAAUUUGGCCAGGGUGAAUAUACAAAAAAUACUAUGUUGAUGUACUUUGUGUUGAGGGAAAUUUUGUAGAUUAACAAAACCUUCCUUGGUCAUUAUAAUUUUGCUGUGUAACUGUACAAAGUACAAAGGUCCAGAGAAAAGUUGCCUUGCACCCUUAGUACAUAAUUGAUCUUUGUUCUGUGAUAAAACAAAGCAUACUUCAUUGUUAAGAGGUUUGACAAAAUAUGCGUAAUAUAAAGCUUUUGUUCAUUGUGGCAUGAUUUUUGUGCUAAAGUAAGAACUAGUCUUAAGUAUAUAAUUGAUUUCUGCUCAUGAUAAUCAGUUUUAUGGUUGAGGGUCAUUUUCAUCCCAUAAAAUUAUGGCCAUAUUCUUUGUGUAUUUGUACAGCGUGCUGUCACUACACAGUAGUUUUAAAUCUAAUGUGAGUUGAUUAAUUAUAAUGAAAGCAAGGAAUUAAUUUGUAUCAUAGUAACUGUUUUAGUGGUUUAUAUUUGUAGGAUUUUUGUCAUGCUCAUGUAUGAAUGAAUGAAUUGUAUUUAGAAUUCAGUAGAAACAAACACGCGAUACACCUCCAUUUUCAGUGUGUAUUACCAGUACUUCGCCUUGAUUCAUUUUCUUUUCUGGCUAUUGCCGAUCAGCAAUAAAUAUUUUCUUGUACCUUGAUAAGAUGUAUGCAUGUAAGGGUGAUAGAAUGAUAAAUUUUCAGUUUUUGUUGCAAAUUAAUUUUGUAGUCAAAUGAGAUUUAUUUUGAGUCAUGAAUGUUGAUGAAGAUGUUAUAAUUGCUUUUGAGUAGGAGUCAGGCAAGUAGAAUGUGUAACAAAUAUAAAUUUUUUUAUUUAGACUUCUAAAAUCUUUUUCUGUGCAGUGAAACUGUGGAUUGUCAUGACAUUGUAUAUUUACUAAUAUAUGAAGAAUUUUCAGAAACAUAUUUGAAGUGUUACGCGUGUAAACUUGUUUGAACUUGGUUAAAUGUUCAGGUGAAUUAGGUUUAGUCGUUUGAAGAAGUAAAUAAUUGUGGCAUUGCAAUUGUAUGUGCAGUGCAUGUAUAAUGCAAAAAAUGUCCAUGUUUAUUACUCUUGAAUUUUCAAAAUCAUUUUUAUUUUAUAGGAUAUGGUGGAGGUAAAUUUAAAUUUGUUUCCAAGAUGACAAGUUUUCUGUGCAUGUAAUAUUGUUAAUUGAUGUUUAUUUAUUACACCAUUAAUACUGUUGACUCAAAAUUGAUAAAUAUGGUAGAUCAAGCAACAACGUGACGUGUCAUUUUUUAAAUGAAUUUGGAAACGGUGCAUCUGAAACAAAACGAUUGAUCUCAUCCUAUUUUAAUCAUGCUUUUACAUGGUUUCACUGUACAAAAUAUUUUGACUGCCUUAUUUUUCUUUGAAAUAUGGCUGGUUUAUGUUCAGUAGCACUGACAUUACAGUAUUUGUAGUAAAUGUCCAAAUAGUAGUACUCUAUUUUGCAAAAUGUGGUAUACUGCAAUUUCUUCUGGUGCUAUUAUUAUUGCAUGAAGAAUAUUUUGGUCUUUCAUUACUUCAUAGUCUUUAACUUGCUUGCUGAAUCAGUGCAUGCCUUGCCUUUAGUAUUGUUUUUCUUAUACCGUUAUAUAAUCUUCAUGGAAUGUCUUUAUAACAAAGUUACCAGUUGUGCAGAUGUAAAAUUUACAUCAUUGUGAAUAAAAUUGAUCAAACUUUUGUGUAGGUAUUAUUUGAUCACAUAAACAUAUGUGCUCUUUUACUUUUUAAUUUACUUUUACUUUCUGUUGUUACUUUUUUGUAUUGUUCAUAGUUUAUGUCCCCUACACAUAUAUUUAAUGUCUAUAAUCCAUUGCCAGAUCUAUUCGAAAAUUAUGCAAAUGAAAAUGAGUAACUCUUCAAAUGCUUUGUUUAUCAACUGAGAUGCAAUUGUUAAUUAGAGAGAUAUUCCUGCCUCUUGUUAAAUUAUGUUUGUAGUUGAUGAAAAUAUUAUAAAUGCCAUUGAUACUGUUGAUAAUAGAAUGGGAUAAUACUUAAAAUGAAUUUGCAUUAUUUCUCUUGAACAUUAAAAUUUAAUUUUGAAUGGUGAUUUUAAUUUAUUUUGCAUUGAAACAUUCAUGUUAUUGUGUCCAUCAAUUAUUUCAAGGCAUACUUAUUUUGUACUGCUAUUGAUAUAGUGAUUGACAGACUGGAAAUGACCUAGCAUAUGCUUCAAAAACAUAAUUCAAUUUUAUUCAGAGUGUAUUCAGGAAUUAAAAUUUGCUAGUUUCAGUUUAUACAAUAGUCAGUCACACUUGCUAUGGAAAGCGCAUUUCAAUUUUUUCUGUUAAAAUAUUUAGCAUUGCCUAUUGCUGGUUUCAUGAAAUUUAUUUGUUUCUUAACUAGAAAUUUCAAAAUGACUUGGUAAGUGAUGUGAUGGAACUUGAUAAUCCAAUCAUCCCUCGUAUUCUUAAUUUUUUAAUUGUCGAUUUACACUCAAAACAUAAGUUGUUUCAUACUAACUUCCCUCUAACUAAUUUAUUCUACCAUUUUAAGUUUUUAAUAAAAUUCCUUGUCUUGCUAAUUUGAGAUAUUAAUAGCAGGUUCAUUCAGACACUGACAGAAAUAAUAAGUAAUAAAAAGAAAGCUACACUGCAUGUAAAGUAGAAUAUAUUGUAAUUAUUGCUUACCUUGAACUGUUUUCAUCACAGUGAUCUCAUAAUAAUAGGUUCUCAAAUCCAGUGUAGUGUUACUUUUCUGUGGGAGCAUGAAAACUUGUGUUUUAUGCAAAUGUUUAUUAAGUGCAUGAAUAUGUCAGAUGGGAAACUAUUACAUUAUUGUAGCUGUAUAUUAUUAUAGCUAUACCUUAAGGCAUAAAUAUAAAACAGUGGAAAUUGUAACAUUAUUCUCAUUUGUCAGAUUUCAAAGUUCAACAGUUGAUGCUGAUAUAUUUUAAUCACGAAAAAUUUGUUGUGAUUAUUGCAAGGAUCCAAAAUCUGUAAUCUUUUCAUAAGUUAAAUAAACAUUUAAAUAGAUUAUUUUAGAACAAGAACAAUCCAAGUAUUUAUCAACCCUAUCCAGGAACCUGCCUUUAUUACCGGAAUAAAAGGUCAUCUUAUCUAGUGUCAUUAAUGUCAGUUUUAUUUUGUACAUAUAAAUUAUACAAAAUGCAUGCUUUGUGUGUUAAAUAUUGUCAUAUAUAAUGUCUACAUAAUUAAAUUAGUAAAGAAAUAAUGUAGCCCUCUGUAUUUGCAUGUUGUAGCUUGAUCCUUUUUAUUUUACUGCAUGUGUCUGCUGCAAUUUUAGUACCAGUGCUUCUUUUUGUAUCUAAAAUAUUGUGGAAUACUUGGUAAUGCUUGUAUUUAAUUUGAAAUUCAAUUAAUUUACAUUGCAUAAUUUUACUUUCAAAGCACUAGAAGACUUUGUCAGAUUAUAUAUUUCAAUACCACGAGCAUAAUAAUUAAACCUCCUCUUGUAAUUUUUGUAAAUAUUAAUGCUAUUCAUUCAGCUAAAUGUUAGUUUACACAUUUUGCUGUACUGACAGUGUGUAAUGACUGUAAACAAUGUCAGUGUCAAUGUAUGAUGUUGCAAGUUAAUUUUUAUUAUUGUAAGUAGCACAAAUGCCUAUAUUUUUACUGCAUAAGGAGGAUAUUUCAUAAUUAAUAUUGGUGUACCUUUACAUGAUGUACAGAGGAUGCAGGUAUAUUUGCAAUAUGUAUAUUUGGCAUAGUUACAUAAUUUUGUACACACUAUUGUGUUACCAUAGAAAUAAUUUAUAAUGAUUGCUGCAUAAGUAUCUACUAAUUCUUCCAAGGUUCUAAAGUUGUGUCAAAGCUUCAAAGUGUGCGGUAAAGCGCCUUUGAUUUAUAAUAUCUCAUGUCCUUUUUUUUAGAACAGACUGAAUAACUAUUUUUGGUACCUGCAGUAAUUAGGUAAUUUUGUUUAUGACUUAAUUGAGAAUAAUUUGCGGAUGCGUUGAGAGUUUUUGCACAAAUCUACGUAGCACUUUCCCUGUACACUGCAUGUCAAGAAUUGUUUGGUUUUCCUUUUUGUCUCGCCCUUAGAAUUGUUUCAUGAUGAUAUGAUGGCAAAAUAUGUAUGUGAAAUGCACUAUUCUUUGUGCAAAAUGGCAUGGUUAUAUUUCUAGUUUUCAUUUAUAUUUUCAUCAACAGGCUUUUAAUUUGAAAGGGCAUGACAACUUGUGUAGUUGCAACUUGUAGUGGUGUGUGUCACGGUGAAGUGUUUUUCAUUGUUCUUGUGUAAUAUUUAUUUUCUUCUUUUUUGUUGGGCUCCUUUUUGCUCCACUUACUAUUGGUGUUGUUCUAUAUUGUUAUUUUUGUUGCUAGUCUGCUGCUUUAUUUUGAAACUAUUUUGGUUUUGGCCUUUUGCAAUUGUGUUAUCAUUUUAUGUAGUUUUUUCUAUUUCUCAAGUUGCAGUGCUAUUUUUUUACUUGAACUUAAUGAAAUGCAAUUUUUAAAUCUGUACAAUCUGUGAAUAAUGUAUAGGUAUUGAAUUAUUGACUAUCAAAAAUCUUGCUCUACCAAGCUAUUUCAUUGUAUAUGUUAGACAAAAAGUAUCACGUCUAUACUUUAUGUAUGUAUAUAUUGUGAACUGAAUCAAAAAAAAAAUUAAUUUUGAAUACCUUGUAAAUAUUCCAUACCAUAUUUUCUGUGUAACAUAGUAGUCCAAAAUGUAUAUUUGAGCAGCAUGUUAUC